AUGCUCACGAUCGUCACAGGCUACACAACAGGCUCUCACUACAGUGUACUGCUUGGUGUGGUACUGUGUUCACGAUCGUCACAGGCUACACAACAGACUCUCACUACAGUGUACUGCUUGGUGUGGUACCGUGUUCACGAUCGUCACAGGCUACACAACAGGCUCUCACUACAGUGUACUGCUUGGUGUGGUACCGUGUUCACGAUCGUCACAUGCUACACAACAGACUCUCGCUACAGUGUACUGCUUGGUGUGGUACCGUGUUCACGAUCGUCACCUGCUACACAACAGACUCUCGCUACAGUGUACUGCUUGGCGUGGUACUGUGUUCACGAUCGUCACAGGCUACACAACAGACUCUCACUACAGUGUACAGCUUGGUUUGGUACCGUGUUCACGAUCGUCACAUGCUACACAACAGGCUCUCACUACAGUGUACAGCUUGGCGUGGUACUGUGUUCACGAUCGUCACAUGCUACACAACAGACUCUCGCUACAGUGUACUGCUUGGCGUGGUACUGUGUUAACGAUCGUCACAUGCUACACAACAGGCUCUCACUACAGUGUACAGCUUGGCGUGGUACUGUGUUCACGAUCGUCACAGGCUACACAACAGACUCUCGCUACAGUGUACUGCUUGGUGUGGUACCGUGUUCACGAUCGUCACAGGCUACACAACAGACUCUCACUACAGUGUACAGCUUGGUGUGGUACUGUGUUCACGAUCGUCACAGGCUACACAACAGACUCUCACUACAGUGUACAGCUUGGUGUGGUACCGUGUUCACGAUCGUCACAGGCUACACAACAGGCUCUCACUACAGGUCCAGGACCAGGAUACAGGAGCACACAACACCUGUGCUGAAGGAACUACACUGGCUUCCAGUGAGACAAAGAAUAGUCGUCAAACUACUCACGCUUGUCCAGUAGUCACUCAAUGGAGAAGCCCCUGUUUACCUUGAAGAACUGCUUGUAGCUCACAAGCCGAACAGG